CUGACCUCGCGUUUAGCUCAAUUUCAUCAUUGGGCCUGUAGUAUGGCCGAUACGUCAUUUGGCAAAGGUCGACCAGACCUAAAGAAAAAGCUUGUGGUGGUUGGCGAUGGUGGGUGUGGCAAGACAUGCCUUCUCAUUGUUUACGCAGAGAACCGAUUCCCAGAGGCAUAUAUUCCAACAGUCUUCGAAAACUAUGUCACUCAAGUGCACUUUGACGGCAAGGAAAUUGAGUUGGCACUGUGGGAUACAGCAGGGCAAGAGGAAUACGAUAGGCUCCGGCCAUUGAGUUAUCCAGAGAGUAAUGUCAUCCUCAUCGUCUUCUCGGUCGACUAUCCUACUAGUCUCGCCAAUGUGCAAGACAAGUGGUACCCGGAAGUUGCUCAUUUCUGCGAGGGCACGCCAUUGAUUUUAGUAGCGACCAAGACGGAUCUACGACGUGAUGAGCAAACAAGACGAAUGCUCAGUGCUCAAGGCAUGACGCCUGUCUCCACAGAGCAAGGAACUGCAGUGGCCAAAGAAAUCGGGGCGCGAUACGUCGAAUGUUCUGCCAAAACUGGUGCAAACGUUCACGAAGUGUUCAACCUUGCUUUGAAGGAGAGUAUGCGAAGACAGUGGAAAAAGAUGGGUGGAUCUAGACGAUGUGUGGUCAUUUGA